UGCUUCCCACAGUCCCAUUUUCUCUGAUUUCCGUAUACAUUUCACAAGUCCUCACUUAUAACCAAAUGCCAAACCAUUUUUUCAAUUUUCUUUUUUAAUGUGAAACUCUAAACCCCAUAAUUUUCGAGCGAAAAAAAAUUUUUUGCGGAAGAAGAAAAAAAAAUGGUGGCGGUGGCAGACGGUUGUGGCGGCGGAGGUUUCUCGCCAUUUCCGAACACACAGUUCCCCAGAAUCUCGACCGAAACCGAAGAAAACGACGCCGUCGAAGCGGAGAAAGAAGAGCUUGUUCUUCUUCCCGUCAAGGAAGAGAAAACCGCCGCGUCUUUCGACGGCGGCUCGUCGUCGUCGUCUUCUCCGACGGCAGGGCUUCCUCGGAGUCCGAGCCCUCCGCCUCCUCCGGCGAGCGUGGACGAAGAGGCGGCGACGAGAGUGGUGAAGAUAAAGGAAGAGAGUGUGGAGCUUUUCGAGGAAGUUGAGGAAGAUUUCGUUAAUGGAGGUUGUGGGUGUUCGUCGACUUCGUCGCCGGCGGUGUCUCCGAGGCCGAUGGAGGGACUGCACGAGGCGGGCCCACCGCCGUUCCUGAACAAGACGUUCCAAAUGGUGGACGACCCUGAGACCGACUCCGUAGUGUCUUGGAGUGAAGGCCGUGAUAGUUUUGUGGUUUGGGAUUCUCAUGAGUUUUCCAAGAAUCAUCUUUCUAAGUAUUUCAAGCACAGUAAUUUCUCAAGCUUCAUUCGCCAGCUUAACACUUAUGGCUUUAAGAAAGUUGAUCCGGACAAGUGGGAGUUUGCAAAUGAAGGGUUUCAAGGAGGGAAAAGGCAUUUGCUAAAGAACAUCAAGAGAAGAAGCAAAUACAACAAGCAGCCACAGGGAACACUAGCCUCUUCUGAUUCGGCGAAAGCCGGGUUGGAAUCAGAAAUCAACACAUUGAAGGAUGACAAAAACAGCUUAAAAUUAGAAAUCCUUAAAGUGGGGCAACAACAAAAGGACUCACAAAAUCAGCUCACUGCUGUGGAAGAGCGCAUUAGAUGCGCGGAAUGUAGGCAACACCAAAUGUUAUUGUUCCUCACAAAAACCGUCAUAAACCCAACUUUUGCGCAACAACUGAUUCAGAUGAGAAGGCAAAAGAGAGAGCUUGAUGGGGUUGAAAUAGCCAAGAGAAGAAGAAUUCUCUCCACCCCGGAUCCCGAACACGUCGCGAUGCAAUCUAUUCUCACUGAAAACUUGACAGACACCGCUAAUACAACUACUACUACUAGUACACAGCCGCCAAAAGAAUUAAAUUUUCCAGCUACAAUGAAUGGUGAAUCAUGUAGCGCUAUUCAGGAUAUUCAUGAGGAGGCUAAGGAGAUGCGUGGAGCAAGUUUGGGUUCAGAUAUGUUCUCGGCUUACAAUGUCAUGUCGGAGAAUUUGCUAGAUGACAUUUCAGUUCUUGAGGAAGAGAUGUCUGUAAAUGACUCCAAGUUUUACCAUGAAUUGGAGGAUUUGAUAGAGAAGCCGCGGGAUUGGGGUGGAUAUAUGACUAGUCUGAUUGAGCAAACUGGUUGUAUUGGGUCCUUGCUUUGAGCUCAAAAGGUUGGGGAAAAAGAUUUGAGCUGAGGAAGAAGUGACAAGGGUAUUUUUUGACCAAAUCCAUUUUGGUUAAAGCAAUACUUUGAAAGUGUUUGAUAUGUUCAUCAUGAAUAGGAAGGACUUUUUAUUUUUUUUUUUGGUUGCUUUUAGGAUGUGGGUGAUUUGCACUUUGCCCAUUUAAAAUGUCUUGCAAGUUUCCUAUCUUGUAUACAGGAAUUCCCACAGCAUGAUCAUGCAUACUAGUUAGCAAGCAUCCUAGUUUGUGAAUAUGUAUAUACAUAGACACACGUACAUGUUUAAUAUCAUCGUUCAAGUUUAGUUCUCGUCAUGGUUAAUGGUGAUUUCUGCUUUCUGAGUGAAAUCCUAUUUGGUUGGUUUAAUAUAUGA